GAGCCGGUUUCUGUCUGCGACGGGGAAGGGGUCAGCGAGGGAGGAGGGUGAUAGCAGAUUACUGUUACUCCUCCCGGAAUUUCAUUAACCCCAAGAUAAGUAUCUCCUCGCCAUAUUGAGCCUACUACUGAACAGAUUUUCCCUUGCACACAAUGUUUCCUUUGAGCACCUCAAAUGAUCAGACAGCAGGACCCCAAGUGUUGCUCCUCUCCAAAAAGUUGGUAAAAGCUCCCUGGGAUGAAGCCUUUCAUUUCUGGCAUUCUCCCCCGCCCAGGUCUGCUUUGAUCUUCGUUGGAUCAGGAGGAAAGAAAUUGGUCUGUUGUGUCUGCUCCAUUGGCGAACAAACAAACAGCGUUUCAAAUUUGACUUGGCUUAAUUAAUUAAUGAUUCUGUUUUACAGCUGGUCUGAUCCUCUUCCAAAAGGUUUGAGAAUAGAACUUCAAAGUGCGGCAGGAUGAGAGGAUGGGGGAGAAGGGCGUGGUCUGUGUGACUAUAUGGUCGCUCUACCCCCGGAGAAGACAGACAGCUGCUGCGUGGAGGAGAAGAUGCAGGAGAGGGACAGCCGGUCUCCCGCGGGGCCACAGAAACAGCUCCAGUUUGAAGAGCUGGAGUGUGCUGUGUCUGUGGAGGAGGACAACAGACAAGAGUGGACCUUUACCCUCUAUGAUUUUGACAACAAUGGCAAAGUUACUCGGGAGGACAUCACCAGCCUGCUCCACACCAUCUACGAGGUGGUGGACGCCUCGGUUAACCACUCUCCUGGCAACAGCAAGACUUUGCGGGUCAAGCUCUCCGUCGCUCCAGACUCAAGCCAGCGGUGGAGGAGCUGUGCUCAGGGUGCCACAGAUGUGUCCCACUCCAGGGAGAAAAAUGACAAAUGCAUAGAUGAUCUCAAGAGUGCAGACAAGAAGUCUCGAGCUCUCCUCAGGCGCCACCACAGCGACCACCACACCCAGUCUGGCUGCCAGCGCCACUGUGUGGACGAGAACCUGGAACGCAGGAACCACUACUUGGACCUUGCAGGCAUUGAAAACUACACGUCCCGCUUUGGAGCUGGUCCUGCUGCAGAACCAGCAAAGGUAGAGGCUCAGGCUCGCUCAUCCAACCAGGCCCGUUCUCGCUCACAUGAACCAGAAAACGGACACGCCCACUCACACCACCGCCGGCUGCAGUCGGCCGUGGACACUCCUGCUGCAGAGAGCCUUCACCCAGCCCGGCCCAGAGGCCAGGAUGCUGGGCGGCAUGGCAUUCGCUCUCCGAAGACUCACAGCCGCACACCCCCUGCACAAAACAGUGGGAGGGUGAUGAGGAGUCGAGGUGCCCCGCCUCCCCCGGCUCUGCCCUCCCAGACACCCCCUCAUCAGUCGGCAGCCCCAUACCGCAAACACAAACAGCGAUCCAAGGAGAGCCAAGGCUACCGGGCCUUAGGCUCUCUUGGCUCUCCGGGACCUAUAGUGGAGAAAGAGCAGGUCAGGGACCUCCCAAGUGUGUUGCUGUAUGAGGGUGGACUGGCACAAGUAGUGCAGCGGCAUGAACAUCACCACCACCAUGAACACCAUCACCACUACCACCACUUUUACCAGUCCUGAAGUUCUAGCCUGCCUGGGAUGGCUCAGCGCCUUUGCAUUGCCACAGAAAACAACCAGGCCAGCAGACUUUGACUGCAGCAUUGCACCUGGCAGCACAGGCACAGGACAUGGGGAGGACAUGAGGGCGACGGCCAGCGUGUGCCAGCGCUGGAAUGUUUCAUAACCAGUGCUAUAAAAUGUUGGUCUGACAUAGAGAAGCUUUGGUAUGCAGUAGGACAGUGAGUAAAAGCCCAUGUUGAGUAGCUGGACUGAAAAUCACACGAAGGCUCAGGAGGCAACCCGGUUCAGACCUGCUGACGUUUAGACCAUCAGACCAGCAUCCCAACACUCCCCAGACCACUAAAUCAAAAGGAAGAGGAGGGACACGACGAGGAAGCUGUGACUGUAAUACAAAAAUAUAUGAAGGAUUAUGGGCGACGAGCAAUUUGUGAAAAAUUUGUGUCUGAGCAUCACUACACUGGUGUGUGUUGGAAACCACUGGAAGUGUGCUCAGAAUUUAAAACAAGCUCCCCAGCAGAGUUUUGAAAAAAUAAAAUAUAACCCGUAAUACACUGUAGGCAUAAAGGGGAAGGAAAACUUUGAAACAGUAUAAUUUAUCCCAGAUCCGCUUCUACCUCUGUUUUUUAUCCGAAUUGUUGUUCUGAUGGAAACGUUAAGCAAGCAUUCAUUUUCAAAAUCACUUUUAAACUUUGUUGAAUGAAGAUGAAUCAUGUCACAAAACUGCAGCUCUGAAAACUAGAAAGCCUCCUCUGAUUUAUGAACUAACAUUUGCUGUACAUAAGGUAUUUAUACUGUCAUUGAUUUUAUAAGCUUUAUUCAUGUAUUCAUUGUGGAAACUACAUUUUUAUUAUGACCACUAGGAACUUCAGUAAAACAUGUAAUUGAA